AUGGCGACGCCGCUUGCACCGCUACCGGAAGCUCCGGCGACCCCCGUCUCCGGGCACUGCCGAGGCUCAUACGGUGAAAAUGCUAGGAGAAAGCCACACACACCAUCAGCUAUUGUUAUUGGUGGUGGGUUUGCAGGUCUUGCUGCUGCUGAUGCGCUCAGAAAUGCGUCAUUCCAGGUUAUUCUUCUGGAAUCCCGCGAUAGGAUUGGUGGCAGAGUUCACACUGACUAUUCUUUUGGGUUUCCAGUUGAUUUGGGAGCAUCUUGGCUUCAUGGUGUCUGUGAAGAAAAUCCCUUGGCACCAAUAAUUGGAAGGCUUGGGCUUCCACUGUACCGCACAAGUGGAGAUGAUUCUGUGCUGUUUGAUCAUGAUCUGGAGAGUUAUGCACUCUAUGACACUAAUGGACAUCAAGUACCACAAGAGUUGGUAGAAAAGAUUGGGAAGGUGUUUGAGACCAUACUGGAAGAGACUGGCAAAUUGAGGGAAGAAACCAAUGAAGAUAUGUCUAUUGCAAAAGCCAUUGCAAUUGUCAUGGAUAGAAAUCCACACUUGAGGCAAGAAGGGAUUGCUCAUGAAGUUCUUCAGUGGUAUUUGUGCCGUAUGGAGGGUUGGUUUGCCACCGACGCAGAUUCAAUUUCACUACAGGGCUGGGAUCAGGAGGUGCUGCUUCCAGGUGGCCAUGGCCUCAUGGUUCGUGGAUAUCGUCCGGUUAUAAAUACUCUUGCAAAAGGCUUAGAUAUACGCCUCGACCAUAAGGUUGUGGAAAUUGUUCGCCACAGGAACAGGGUAGAGGUUACUGUAAGCAGUGGCAAAACAUUUGUUGCAGAUGCUGCAGUGGUCGCUGUUCCGUUGGGUGUCCUGAAAGCAAAAACCAUUAAAUUUGAGCCGAGGCUGCCAGAGUGGAAAGAAGAAGCAAUUAGAGAGCUUACAGUUGGAGUUGAGAACAAAAUUGUUCUUCACUUCAGCCAGGUUUUCUGGCCUAACGUGGAGUUCCUUGGCGUUGUUUCCUCUAGCACAUAUGGAUGCAGCUAUUUCCUCAACCUUCAUAAGGCAACAGGCCACCCUGUCCUUGUUUACAUGCCUGCUGGCCGCCUUGCUCGUGACAUCGAGAAGAUGUCUGAUGAGGCUGCUGCCCAGUUUGCCUUUUCUCAGUUGAAGAAGAUCCUUCCCAAUGCAGCUGAACCGAUAAAUUACCUGGUGUCACACUGGGGCUCGGAUGAGAACUCACUUGGUUCCUACACGUUCGAUGGGGUGAGCAAACCCCGUGACCUCUACGAGAAGCUGCGCAUCCCCGUGGACAACCUCUUCUUCGCGGGAGAGGCCACGAGUCUCAAGUACACCGGCACGGUGCACGGGGCCUUCUCCACUGGUGUCAUGGCAGCCGAGGAGUGCAAGAUGCGGGUUCUGGAGCGGUUCAGGGAGCUGGACAUGCUGGAGAUGUGCCACCCUGCCAUGGGCGAAGAAAGCCCUGUCUCUGUCCCGCUGCUCAUCUCUCGGCUCUAA